GAAGAAGAAGAAGAAGAAGAUCAGCUGACUGACUGACUGAAUAUAUGUCAAAAUGAGGUUCCGAUUUUGUGGAGAUCUGGACUGUCCAGACUGGGUCCUUGCAGAAAUGAGCACCUUAGCUAGAAUAUCGAGCGUCAAGAUGAAGCUUCUGUGUGUGCAAGUCAUUAAAGAUCUGCUUGAUGAAGGCAUCGAUUAUGACAAAGUUUCGAAACUAACCUCAGAUGCAAAGUUUGAAAGUGGAGACACUAAAGCCAGUAUAGCAGUGCUGAGUUUCAUUCUGUCCAGUGCUGCUAAGCAUGACGUGGACAGUGAAUCUCUUUCCAGUGAACUACAGCAGCUUGGCCUGCCUAAAGAGCACACCACCGGCUUGUGUAAAUCAUAUGAGGAUAAACACAUCGCUCUACAGGAAAAGCUGAGGGAGAGCAGCCUGCGCUUGGGUGGUCUGGAAGCAGUGAACUGGCGGGUCGAUUACACCCUGAGCUCCAGUGAACUGAAGCAAGUGAAUGAACCCACAGUCCAGCUCAGACUUCAGGCUCAGGAUCCCGAGACAGACUCCACACAGACCACCACUGUCUCAAUCACUGCGGACAAGUUCAGAGUACUGCUAACAGAACUCAAACAAGCACAGACUAUGAUGAAUGCACUACUGUGAAGCAGUCAGCAUUUGUUGAAUAAUAUUGCUGAAAUGUGCACAGAAUCUGUCUGUGUAUUUAAACUGUGCUUCUGAGAAAGAAAAGAACAUUGUUUUUCUAACGUAAUGUAUUUUGUAUAGCUUUUCAUGUCCUGAUUAGUCAAAUGUUGCUCAAAUUGAGCACCAACUUUAAAGAGCGUCUCAAUCAGAUUUAUCAUUUUUAUUAAUUGUUUUUGGACCAAAUGUCACUAGGAAACUUAAUUUGUCACUUGGUUCUCUGGAUAACACUGAUCAACAACAGCCCUUAGUGAUUUAUCUCACCUCAUGUAUUUUGUUAUGUAUUUGUCUAUGUUAAUGUCAUGUGUAUUUUUAUUGUUUAAUAUUUUUUAAGGAGAGAAUAAAUAAUUUUU